AUGUCUGUGACUCGGUUUACCCUGUGGAGAACUGAGGAUGCAGACGGAGCUGGAGUGAAUGAAAGUAACUGUGAGAUUGAGCUGAUUGAGAUGAAGAUACAAGGAGAACCUCUGAUGGUGAGUCGCUUCAAGAACGCCUCCUGCCUGCAAGUGCCCUUUUCCCAGCUGACGCAAAGCCUUCUGAACGGCACCACGCACGUGAGCGGGAACGCCUGGUGGCAGAAGCCCGGCAGCCCGGCGGGCUACCUCUACCCGCACAGGCUGGACGACCUGUGCGUCGUGGUGAAGAGACGGCGUCGGGUGCAGCAGAGCAUCCUGCAGUCCUUCUCCGCCGACACCUGGACGGCCACAGGAGCCACCCUCGCCGCCUUUGCAGGCGCCCUUCGGCUCAUCGGCCGCAGGAACGUGUUCCUCGAGGUCGUCGACGCCUUCAUCAACGGGGGCUUCGUGGCCCGAGAGAGCGACCGCCGUGCCAACCUCCUGCUCCUGCUGCUGAGCGCCUUCGGCCUUGUGAUGGUGAGCGCGUUCACCGGUCGCUUCAUGGGCUUCUUGGCGGUCCUUGGGGAACCCCAUCAGAUGCAGACGCUCGUGGAAGUCGCUCGCCAUGCCUCCAGAGUGUACGGACUGGAGUACAUCCCGCCGCUCUUGAAGGACGUCGAGAAAAAUGAUGUGGUUUGGAAACUGGUGGCCAAAUUACAAACCACUAAAGCAGAAGAAGCGAAAGCAACGAUGCUUCGCGACUUUUCAUCGGAGGAGACAUCGAAUGCUUACAUUAUCUCGAUGGGUCAGGCGCGAGUUUUCCUGGAGGGCAAUUUAUGGGACGCGUCUUCAGGGACAACCCUUGGCUAUCAGCAUUAUUUCACACUUGACAAAUAUUGUAGUAAUGUGCAUAUUUCGCCUCUUUGUAAAUUUAUGAUCCCUACUUUUAAUUCUACCACCCAUUUUAACCCUAGAUUUAAAUUGAAUAAUUCUUUAGAUCUCAUUAAUAAAAUUAAAGAUAUUGAUGUUCCCCCAAUGCAAAAUUCAAAAGAACUUUUGAUUGUUCUAUCUACCGACCUUUGCAAGUCUGGAGCACUGCUGAGCUCAGUUUAA